AUGACGGACCAGAUCACCACCAUGGAAGGCGCUAUCCGCGCGGCGGAGCAGACGCUGGAGCACCUUUUCAACCCGUCGCUGGAGCAGGACAAACGUAUCCCCAUCGACCUCAUCCACGAAGCCAAGGGCUUGGCCUUCCUCACGGUCGUCAAGGCCGGUUUCAUCUGGACGGGCAAAGUGGGCACGGGCGUGGUCAUCUCCAAGCUGCCUGAUGGCCGCUGGUCGGCCCCCAGCGCUAUCGGCACGGCCGGCAUGGGCUUCGGCGCUGAGAUGGGCGCACAGAUGAUCGAGUUCAUGAUCAUUCUCAACUCGGACACGGCCGUUAAGAGCUUCAUGCAAAAGGGUCAGCUCUCGGCCGGCGCCAACCUCGAGUUCGCUGCUGGCCCGUACGGCCGCGCUGCCGGUGCCAAUGCUAACUUCAGCGCCUCGGGUGUCGCCCCUAACUACACGUACAGCCACAGCAAGGGCCUGUUCGGCGGUGUGGGGCUGCAGGGAUCGGGUAUCAUGGCCCGAUCGGACAUCAACAAAAAGUUCUACGGCCGUGAGAUCACUCCCACCGAGAUCCUUACCGGUGCUGUGGACCAGCCUGCCGCUGCCUCGCAGCUGUACGACGCGCUGCAGCGCGUGGUAAGUAUCCCGCCGUCGGGUAACGUGCAGAACUUCCGACAGAAGCUCAUGUCGCCGUUCACGGACCGCAUGCCUGCUGCUGCGGUCGGACCGGACGUGCAGGUUGUGUACGACCGCGUGCUACGACUCAUUGAGAGCAUCUCAGGUCCUGCUGGUGUGGACGAGUUCAAGACUAGCUGUAAGGACUACGGCCAGAACCGCUGCACCGACGAUCAGUUCGUCACGUACCUGGACAGCAAGUUCACGGCAGAGCAGACCCUGGAGCUCGUGCCGGAGGUCGUCAAGCUUCUGCAGGACGCCAACAAGCGGAAAUACAUCUGGGACUACUACCUCAAGAUCAAGGCUGAUCACGGCUCGCAGCCACGAUCGACGGGUGCUGCAGGUUCGCCCUCGCUUUUCUAA